AUGAUUGUCUAUAUUAUUACCAUAUCAAUUCUCGCUCUAUACAUUGCCUCCAAGUGGUGGUUGCGACGAAAACAAAAAGAAAAACUACAGCUAGCAGUACAGGAAUGCUUGCAAUGUCGAGAGAAAACAAUUGAAGAGGUAAGUGCGAAAUGUGCAGAAGUUCCAGUAGAACGGAAAGAAAUGAUCGCUAAAUUGGAUCUAAAACAGUUAAUCCAAUGUCUGCAGUCAGGAAAGUGUACCGCAAAAGAGGUACUUAGAACUUACCAAGAAAAAGCUAUACAAGCGCACUAUGCAACAAACUGCGUGACAACUUUCAUUACUGAAAGCGAUUGGUGGGCUGAAGAAUUGGACGAACAAGCUAAAAGCCAAACGUACCAACGACCUCCACUUUUCGGUAUUCCAAUAAGUGUGAAAGAAAGCAUCAAAAUAAAAGGCUAUGCGCAAACAAGAGGAUAUGCUCAGGAUUUGACAAACUUAGCUGCUGAAGAUGCGUUACUCAUCCAUCAAAUUAAGGAACUUGGCGCUGUACCAUUCGUGUUAACAAACGUACCACAGAGUCUACUAUCAUUUUCAUGCUCUAAUCCAAUUUAUGGCACUACAAUAAAUAUACAUGAUCGAAAAAGAACAUGUGGAGGUUCAAGCGGUGGAGAAGCCGCACUAAUUAGCUUUGGAGGUUCUAUCCUUGGUAUUGGUGGUGACGUCGGUGGAUCUAUUCGGUACCCGUGUCAUUUCUGUGGCAUUGCUGGUAUCAAGCCAUCACAUUUACGACUUUCUCAACAAGGAUCUCUUGGUUCUGUGCCUGGUCGUCCACUUGUCAACAGUUCUACCGGCCCAAUGGCUACUCACACCGAGGAGCUUGUUACAUUUUUACGUAUUAUUUGGUCUGGAAAAUGGAUCUCAAAACAUGACCCAUACGUUGCUCCUGUAGACUGGGAUGAGCAACAAUUCAGUCAAAAAAAACCGUUACGAAUAGGUUAUUACGAUGAUGACGAGUGGUUCAAACCGACUCCUGCUUUACAACGAGCGGUACAUGAAACUAUAUUAAAACUCGAGAACUGUGGACAUCAGUUGGUGAAAUUCGAUCCACCAAACCUUACCAAAGGUUUCGAACUAUUCAUCGGCGCUUUGACGGUUGACGGUGGCCAGUAUUUGCUAGAUAAAUUCAAUAAGGAUUUAAUAGAUAAGGACUUUGAAACAACAGUACGCCUUCUGCACCUACCCAGUUUGUUAAAACGAAUUUUGGGCAAACUGCUUAUGCCACUGUAUCCUCGCAUCGGCCAAUUUCUUUGUGCUUUACCAAUAAAUACAGCUGAACUCCGUCAAACUUAUGCAGAAAUAGCAAAUUAUCGAGAUCUGUUUGUGCAUGCUCUGCAGAGUCAGCAAAUAGAUGCGAUUAUUUGUCCAGUGCAAGUACUUCCCGCAAUUGAACAUCAUGUAGCAAUGAAACUAAUCUCAACUACUUCUUACUGUGGGAUUUUCAACCUUCUUGAUUUCGCUGCUGGUACUGUGUGUGUCACUAAAGUAAAUGAAGAAGACGAGAAAAAACUUCAAUCUUAUCCUGAAACUGAUCCGUGGUACAAGACUGUGAAAGAGGCAGUUAAAGAAUCAACCGGAUUACCCGUUGGUGUACAGAUUGCAGCUCCUCCGUAUCAUGAAGAAACUGUUCUCCGGAUAAUGUCUGAUAUAGAACGAUGA